CGCCCGUGCCGGUGCUGCUGGAGCGGCUGCCCCGGGCUCGCCGCGCUCCGCGCUGCCGGGAGGAGGCGGCUCCGCGUUCCGUCCGCGGAAACUUUGCCCGACUCGCAAGGGGAAGGAUGGAGACAGGAGAGUCCGCGUUGGAGCUCCUCAACCUGUCCCGAGCAGCGGCAGAGACUCCCCGCGGGGAGUUCAACCUGUCCGGGCUGCCCGAGGCCGAGGGGAAGCCCCUCUUCGGCAUCGGCAUCGAGAACUUCAUCACCUUGAUCGUCUUCGGUUUAAUCUUCACCCUGGGGGUGCUGGGCAACACCCUGGUGAUCACGGUGCUGGCAAGGAGCAAGCCAGGCAAGCGCCGGAGCACCACCAACAUCUUCAUCCUCAACCUGAGCAUCGCCGACCUAGCCUACCUGCUCUUCUGCAUCCCCUUCCAGUCCACGGUCUACAUACUCCCCACCUGGGUGCUAGGAGCCUUCAUCUGCAAGUUCAUCCACUACUUCUUUACCAUCUCCAUGCUGGUGAGCAUCUUCACGCUCUCAGCCAUGUCUGUGGACCGCUACGUGGCCAUCGUGCACUCCCGACGCUCCUCAGCUUUGCGUGUUCCCCGCAAUGCAAUGUUGGGUGUGGGGCUCAUCUGGGCGCUCUCCUUCGCCAUGGCCUCGCCUGUGGCUCACCACCAGCGCAUCUUCCACCGUGAGACCAGCAACCAGACCUUCUGCUGGGAGUUCUGGCCCAACCCACGCCACAAGAAGGUCUACGUGAUUUGCACAUUCGUCUUCGGGUAUCUGCUCCCACUGCUGCUCAUCUCCUUCUGCUAUGCCAAGGUUCUUAAUCAUCUGCAUAAGAAGUUGAGAAACAUGUCAAAGAAGUCAGAAGCAUCCAAGAAAAAGACAGCACAGACUGUGUUGGUGGUGGUAGUGGUGUUUGGCAUCUCCUGGCUGCCUCAUCAUGUGAUCCAUCUCUGGGCUGAAUUCGGAGUUUUCCCACUGACUCAAGCCUCCUUUCUCUUCAGGGUAACUGCACACUGCCUGGCUUACAGCAAUUCUUCUGUGAACCCAAUCAUAUAUGCAUUUCUAUCUGAAAAUUUUAGGAAGGCCUACAAACAAGUCUUCAAAUGCCAGAUUGGUAAUGAGUCACUUCUGAAUGAUGCUAAGGAAAAUAAAAGUCGGAUAGAUACACCACCCUCUACCAAUUGUACCCACGUGUGAAUGUUGAGAAGCUCUGCAUGUUGGCUCUUCUUUAUGUAAACUAAACACCAAGAAAAAAAAAGCACAAUGGGCUUUAUCCUGGGUUUAUCUUGAUAAAGCUAAUUGGUAUUUAAUGUACUGAAGUCGCAUUUGUAACCAAAGUUUGUGAAACUCGUGAAAGAAACCUGGGCUGAUCCUUUUCAUCUUAGAUAGCUUUGUCAAAUAAAGCUCUUGGACUUCUAUAGAUAUUUGUGAAAAAAAAAUGUUGAGAUGAUAUGUCUGUAUUCUUACUCACUAAGCAUACAAGAUGUUGAUGUGGGCAGGUAAUUUUCUGACAUCUUAUUCCAUGAAAGUGAAAAAUGGAUAAAUUUCAUGUCCUAAUAAAUACUGGACUACUGUGAUUUCAAAGAGGAAAGCUUUUGUUCACUCUUCAAAUUGUUUUAACAGCACUUUUUUUUCUUUUUAAAGUAAACUUGGGCUCUGAUUUGAAGUUGGAAUAAGUUGUGUACACCUUGAGGCAAUUGCUUUAGAGAGGAAAUGCUAUUUCCAUCUGUUUAGCUGGUUUUAGUAUGCCUUACUCAGCAAGGAUGGAUUGGUUUUCCACUUCAUGUGGCUGCCUUACUGUACACACACAACUUUUGGGUGCACUAUAUAGGCCUGUAUGUAGUUGUGCCAAAAUUAAGACUUGUGUCUAACUGGGGGAAGCUUUUCUUCAUGUGCUGCAUGUGCAUGUGUAUGUAUGUUUUCUUAAUUUCAUGGGCUUGGAGAUGGAGAUACAGUUUUAAACGUGUAAUGUAUACAUAUGUUUUAAAAUAUUAGAAGCUCUGGACAAUGCUUAAGGAUUUAAAAGUAGCACUCCCUUAAAAGUUGUGGGUGGAGCUUAAUAUCAUAUAGUUUUAAACUGGAAAUAUAAAGAAGGUUGCAUUUAAAUUAAUGCAAAGUUCAUAAGGUAAAUGGUACAUUUCCGCAAAUUCUUAAAUAAAAUUAGUAGUUUCCGCAAAUUUAUAAAUUUACUUAAAAUGUCUUUAGGUGGUAAACCACUGAAGAAAUAAAGGAAAACAGUUACUCCUUUAAAAACAUUAUUUAGCUGGAGUAAGACAUGAAUUCACCUUUUUUUAUUAAUGACCCUCAAAGUCACAGAGCAAAUCAAAUUAAAGGGACCUCUCAAAGGUUCCUCUCAAGGCAGGGAUGCCCUCAGAGUUGUAUCACUUCUUUCUCUAGGCAAAAUCUGAAAAUUUCUAAGGAUGCCAAUUCAACAAUAUUAUUGGAGCAACCUGUGCUAGUGCCUAAUUACCCUCACUAAUUUUUUUUUCUUAUCCACAGCUGGGAUGUCUCUUGAUGUAUCUUGUGAUCAUUGCUUUCUGCCCUUUCACUGUGUACUGAACUCUUUUCUCUAACUGAAUAAUGUGUAAAUUUAAGAUUGAAUUUCCCCUCAGCCUUCCCUACUGAGACCAUGUGCUGCUGUCAGCCACUCCUCAGGUCCCUGCCUGGCUCAGUGGCAUUCUCCUGCCCUUCCUGCAGCACAUCCAUCCCUCUCAUGAAAUGGGGCGCUCAAAACUGAGGAGUGUGUUCCAGAUGUGGCCUCACAAGCACUGAGCAGAGUAAUUGCUCCUCUUGACCCACUGGCUGGUUCUUGUCAAUACAGCCCAGUAUUAUCAUAAUUUAUGGCUGCAAGGAUGUGCUGCUGACUUAUGUUUAAUUUCUGCUUUACAAGCCCUCGAAUCCUUUUCUACAGAUUUGCAUUGAAUCCCAGUGCAAGUGCCAGGACUUGGCUUUUGGAAUACUUGAUCUUCAUGCAUUUGAUAGCUGUUACUUCCAGGUUUCCAGUUUACCAAGGGCCCUUUGAAAGGCAUGCCUGCUUUCCAGAAUAUCCAACACUCCCCCAGGUUUGGUAUUGUGUGUGAAAUUGCUGAAAGAGUCCUGCAACCCCCUCCUGGUCUUUGAAGAUGCUGAGUGGUGUUGGCCAGAUGCUCGUUCAGAUUCCUUUUUCUCCACAGACUUGCUUUGGAAAAAAAUAAUAAUUCAGAGUGGUGGAACAUCAACUAUGGAGAGUUAGCUCACAUAAAAAUAUCUAUGUUUAUGUGUCAGUAUUGUCUUCUUGGAAUCAGUAAAACAGUAUCAAAGACAUGCUAUUGCA